CUCAAACCCUCUGCAUUUGCAUCAGUGGAUGAGCCGAGAGUGGUGGCGCGCGGAGACACGGACUAGGGGAAAAACUUAUAUUAAAUCAACCAGGACUUUUCUGGUUCUCGUCAUUAUUAUUUCUGUCCCUUUGACGUUUUUGGAACUGCUAUUUCUUCCCACACACUAGCCGGAUUUCACAUCUGACAGCGCUGAAUAAAAGGCAGUGAAACGAGGAGAGAGAGGCAGCGGGGAGGAGACUAGUCUGUACGCGGAGAGCAGAGCGAGUCUCCGGGCAUCGGCUGUGCGUCUUUGCGCGCUGGGGACCUAAAACUGAACUGGACUGCGUUGUGGUUCUCCCCCGGUGUACACAGAAAGGGGGUGCUUUUGUGUGGUUCUGGAGAAGAUCUGGUGUCAUUUAACGGAAUCGGAAGAAGCCUAUCGGAUCGUACACUCUGCUCCACGCAUGUUGGAAGUGGAGAGAGGAGAGCUGGAUGCCUGCGGGUUUGCGAGACCUCAAGACGCAGCCAAGGAUUACCUCCUGCCCGGACAUCAUUUGACGGAGUAUUAACGAACAACAUCAAAAAAAAAACAAUAAAAAAAAAGGAGGGUGUCAUUUCUUGAUAUAUCUUGGCGUCUUUGUUGAGGAUAUGGCACGGUCGGCGCUGGAGAGAGGAGCGCAGCCGGCGCUGGAAAGAGGAAACAGGAGCUGAAUGACAGGAUGCCAGCGACCUGAGCCCGCUCUCAGAUCAGUUCCAACUUCGUUAAAAGAGACACUUCUGCUUUAUUUGUCAAGCUCAGAGGAGGAGAGAAGAGUCUUGCCCAAAGAAAACUGUUGAAGGAGUUUCAUAUCGGAGUUUUUUUUUUUGUAUGCUUAAUUUUAUUUUUUGGGUGAGAAAACAAGGAUGCAUUGUGGAUUAGUCUUUAUCCUGUUCAUGGGAAUCCUUUUGGUGGUCAAGGCUUUCAAAAACGAUAAAUGUGGAGGCAACAUCAGAAUCUCAACCGCCAACUACCUCACCUCGCCUGGAUACCCCCUUGCUUAUCCCCCUUCUCAGAGAUGCGCGUGGGUGAUAUCUGCGCCUGGUCCUCACCAGCGGAUCCUCAUCAACUUCAAUCCGCAUUUCGAUCUAGAGGACCGGGAGUGCAAGUAUGACUAUGUGGAGGUGCGAGAUGGUGUGGACGAGAGCGGUCAGCUAGUAGGGAAGUACUGCGGGAAGAUCGCUCCCUCUCCAGUCGUCUCCUCCGGAAACCAGCUUUUCAUCAAGUUUGUGUCCGACUACGAGACGCAUGGAGCAGGUUUCUCCAUCCGAUAUGAGAUCUUCAAGACAGGUCCCGAAUGCUCCAGGAACUUCACCUCCAACAGCGGUGUCAUAAAGUCGCCCGGUUUUCCAGAGAAAUACCCCAACAACCUGGACUGCACUUUCAUGAUCUUCGCCCCCAAGAUGUCCGAGAUCAUUUUGGAGUUUGAGAGCUUCGAGCUGGAGCCCGACCCGACGCCCCCUACUGGUGUUUUCUGCCGAUAUGACAGGCUGGAGAUCUGGGAUGGUUUCCCUGGAGUCGGUCCAUACGUCGGGAGGUACUGUGGGCAGAACACCCCAGGCCGGAUCAUCUCCUACACGGGCAUUCUGGCACUGACAAUCAACACCGACAGCGCCAUCGCUAAGGAAGGCUUUUCGGCCAACUUCACCGUCAUCGAAAGGACUAUUCCAGAAGACUUUGACUGUAGCGACCCUUUGGGGAUGGAAUCAGGAGAGAUAACAUCGGACCAAAUCAUGGCCUCAUCGCAGUACAACCCCAGCUGGUCCCCAGAGCGCUCCAGACUCAACUACUAUGAAAAUGCAUGGACGCCGGCAUUGGACUUGAACAAAGAGUGGAUACAGGUGGACCUCGGGUUCUUGCGCUUCAUCUCGGCCAUCGGCACGCAGGGCGCCAUUUCCCAGGAGACCCAGAAGGUUUACUUUGUCAAGUCCUACAAAGUGGACGUCAGCUCUAACGGAGAGGACUGGAUCACUUUGAAGGAAGGCUCCAAACAAAAGGUUUUCCAAGGCAACACCAACCCAACAGACGUUACCAAGACGAUGCUGCCCAAACCCACGCUGACGCGCUUCGUCCGAGUCCGUCCCGUUACCUGGGAAACAGGCAUUGCGCUGCGCUUCGAGGUGUAUGGGUGUAAGAUAUCAGAGUACCCAUGCUCGGGCAUGCUGGGCAUGAUAUCAGGUUUGAUCACGGACAACCAGAUCACUGCAUCCUCCCAUACGGACCGGAGCUGGGUGCCAGAGAACGCCCGCCUACUGACCAGCAGGACGGGGUGGACCCUGUUGCCCCAGCCCCAGCCCUUCACCAGCGAAUGGCUGCAGGUGGAUCUUGGGGAGGACAAGCUGGUGAAGGGGUUGAUCAUCCAGGGAGGGAAGCACCGUGAGAACAAAGUCUUCAUGAAGAGGUUCCGCCUCGGCUACAGCAACAAUAGCUCCGACUGGAGGAUGGUGUUAGACGCCAGUGGAAACAAGCCAAAGAUAUUUGAAGGGAAUAGCAACUACGACACUCCUGAGCUGAGGACGGUGGAGGCCCUGCUGACUCGUUUCAUCAGAAUCUACCCAGAGAGGGCCACUCCUGCUGGCAUGGGCCUGCGACUUGAGCUCCUGGGAUGCGAGAUCGAAGCUCCUACACUCCCGCCUACCACGCUAGUCCCGAGCAUUACUCCGUCGGACGAGUGCGACGACGACCAGGCGAGCUGCCACAGCGGCACAGGUGAUGACUACGACGUGACAGCGGGUACCACAAUGCCAGAGACCACCACUGCUGAAGUGGAUACCAUACCAGCUUUUCUGUGGUUUGCCUGUGACUUCGGCUGGGCCAAUGACCCGUCUUUCUGCAGCUGGACGUCAGAGGACACUGGCUCUAAGUGGCAGAUACAGUCUAGCGGCACCCCCACCCUAAACACUGGACCUAACAUGGACCACACAGGUGGAUCAGGGAACUUUAUUUACACCUUGGCGACGAGUCCCCAAGAGACCGAGGUGGCUCGGCUGGUCAGCCCUGUGGUGAGCUCCCCGGACUCAGACCUGUGUGUGUCCUUUUGGUACCACAUGUUUGGGCCGCACAUUGGUACGCUCCACAUCAAACAGCGCAAACAGACAGUCGACGGACCGGCUGACAUCCUGCUGUGGACAGUCAGUGGUCACCAAGGCAACCGCUGGAGGGAAGGGCGUGUCCUUGUGCCACGCACCAACAAGCCCUUUCGGGUGGCGAUUGAAAGUCUGGUGGAGAGAAAGAGCUGGGGAGACAUUGCUGUGGAUGACAUCAAGGUUCUCGAUGGACUCAGCAUGAUGGACUGUAAAGAUCCUGACGUACCCACUGAGCCGAUGCUACCAGAGGAUGGCCUCAAUGAAAUCUUUGAAGAGAUCACUGAAUAUCCGGAUUUUGUGGAGACCAACCAGAUUAGCGGAGCAGGCAACAUGCUGAAGACGCUCGACCCCAUCCUCAUUACCAUCAUCGCCAUGUCCGCCCUGGGUGUCUUCCUGGGUGCCAUCUGCGGCGUGGUCUUGUACUGCGCCUGCUCGCACGGAGGCAUGUCGGAAAGGAACUUAUCAGCCCUCGAGAACUAUAACUUUGAACUAGUGGACGGUGUCAAGCUAAAGAAAGACAAACUCAAUGUACAGAACUCAUACUCAGAGGCGUGAGAUGGGACUGAGUGCAUUCAUGUGACUGUAUGACGUGCAGAGCUCGCAGAGCGUGCACAAGACUGGCUGUAGGCAUAUCCUCUCAUAUAUCCACGAGUAGGCAGGCUCAAAGGACUGCCAACACCCUCAAAUCGCUGGAUGAGGGACAGGUUCAGGAACCAAUGGGAGGUUUGGACUGAUCCACGCUUUUCUCAGGAGCUGCAGUAAAAAGAACCUACCAGUAGGGGACACUGUGUACAAAUACAAUACAGAAAAAAAUAUGUACAGAUGAUUUAGAUGAUAUUUUAAUUUUCUAUUUUGAUUUUCAUUCAUUUUUACAAUCGGAUGCUGGUGUUGAGACCAAUUUAUUAAUAAUGUUUAAAGUAUUUAUCGUUUUCUGGGAAAGAAAUGUCUUUUUUUUAUUAUCAGUUCAUGAAGGCUGUUGUUUAUUUUCAAGUUUUGAAAGAGACUUAUCAAAAUCGUAAAUGAACCAUAUCCGGCAAAACUGUAGAUUUGCCUCAUGAUGUGGCAUACAGGGUGUGCCCGUGACCCUGAAACUUGUACCCUUUCCCCUUGACCUCUGUCACUAUAAAGUGAGGGUCCCAUUCAUGGCAAUGUAUGGUUCUGACAGUGCCUUUAGUACAUUUUGGUUGGCCUCCUCUGUUGAUAUGGUUGGGGUAUUUUUUACUGUACUUGGCAUAAGUUAUGACAGGAAACAGGGGGCACAUAAUCCUAUAAAUACCUGCAAAACAGGAUAACAGUCACAGCGCUUUGUUUUGUUUUUUGUUGUUUUCUGUCCAUAAACCACACACUGUAAAUAAGUUUUAAUAUAUUUUAUUGCCCUUUUUAAAGAAAGUAAAAAGGAAAAAAGCUGCAGUAUCCCUUUUUUAUGGGUUUGUGUGUGUGUGUGUGUGUGUGUGUGUGUGUGUGUGUGUGUGUGUGUGUGUGUAAAUACAAUCUUCCGUUUUGUGGAAGGUGCAGUGUUAUGGUUUUUGACUUUAGAUUACUUUACUCAGAUGAGUAGGAUUUGUGUGAUAAUACAGCAAUUUCAAUGUGCAUUCAAGCCAUCUGUCAUCACAAACAGAAACCACCGAAGGACGGAUGAAUCAAAAGGUAUCAAAAAAAACUAAACAAAAAACAGCUGACAUGAUGGACUCUUUCUCCACCAUUUCUUCAUAUCAUAUCUCUGCUUUGAGUUUGACUGGUCAACAAAACAUUUUCACAUAACUUCAAACACACUCAUGUUGAUGGCAGAAGCGACGGUGAAAUAUAUCAAAAAGUCUGUCAGCAUACCAAAAAAAACAACAACAGUCAUCAUUGCUUUGCUUUACCUAAGACCUAGGCUA